AUGGGGGUCCGAGCACCCUGGAAUCAGAUGCCACGCCACUCCUGUGCCUGCAGCCCUCAGCCUGGGCCUCUGCCCACGGCAGUAAGGUUGCCUGGCUUGGAAACCUUCUGGCGGGUUCCAGAUCAGCGCCCAGACUGCCUCCCCACCCUGUCCCCACCCCUUCUUCCCGUCAGUUGGCACUCGGCGCUGGGGCACAGUGUGGUGGGGGAGCUGCGGGUGGGCAGCCUCAGUAGGCCAGACACGGGACCAGAGAAGUCAGCGAUCCGGAGCAAGAGAAACAGAGAGAGGCCCGGAGUCUUGGACACAAUGGAGCCGGGCCGGUGCUGCUGGGCCUGGCGGCUGGCGUGCCGGCUCUGGUCCACCGUCAGCAAGGCGCUGUUCGCCGAGUUCCUGGCCACGGGGCUGUACGUGUUCUUCGGCGUGGGCUCCGCCAUGCGCUGGCCCGCGGCGCUGCCCUCUGUGCUGCAGAUCGCCAUCACCUUCAACCUGGCCACAGCCAUGGCCGUGCAGGUCACCUGGAAGGCCAGCGGGGCCCACGUCAACCCCGCCGUGACGCUGGCCUUCCUCGUGGGCUCCCAGAUCUCCCUGCCCCGGGCGGUGGCCUAUGUAGCUGCCCAGCUGGCGGGGGCCACUGCGGGAGCUGCUCUGCUUUAUGGGCUCACACCAGGCGACAUCCGAGAGACCCUUGGCAUCAACGUGGUGCGGAGCAGCGUCUCGACCAGCCAGGCAGUGGCGGUGGAGCUGGUUCUCACCCUGCAGCUGGUGCUCUGUGUCCUUGCUUCCACUGACAGCCGCCAGGCAUCAGGCUCCCCAGCCGCCAUGAUUGGGAUCUCUGUGGCCCUGGGCCACCUCAUCGGGAUCUACUUCACCGGCUGCUCCAUGAACCCAGCACGCUCCUUCGGCCCUGCUGUCAUCGUCGGGAAGUUCGCAGUGCACUGGAUCUUCUGGGUGGGACCUCUGGCAGGGGCCCUCCUGGGCUCGCUGAUCUACAACUUUAUCCUGUUCCCUGACGCCAAGACCCUGGCCCAGCGACUGGCCAUCUUCACGGGCACUGCCGCGGUGGAGGACGUGGGAGGGGCGCAGCCCCAGAAGAGAGACUCCCAGUCCCUCUCGGGAGACGUGGAAAUGGAGAGCGUGUGUCAGUCAGCGUAG